CUUUCUGCCUGUACUCCUGUCGUCCAGUCCUCCCGUCCUUCCAUCAUGUGGAAGAAUAGAGAGGCUCAGCUGUGUCUUUUUUCAGCUCUUCUUGCCUUCCUGCCUUCUGCUUCCUUGCUCAAUGGAAACUCGAAGUAUAUGGUGCUGGUCCCUUCCCAGCUCUACACUGAGACCCCUGAGAAAAUCUGCCUGCAUCUAUACCAUCUGAAUGAGACAGUGACUGUGACAGCUUCCUUGAUAUCUCAAAGGGGAACGAGAAAACUGUUCGAUGAUCUUGUGGUUGACAAGGACUUGUUCCACUGUGUUUCCUUCACUAUCCCUAGAUUGCCCUCUUCUGAAGAAGAGGAGUCACUCGACAUCAACAUUGAAGGGGCAAAGCAUAAAUUCAGCGAAAGGCGUGUGGUGCUUGUGAAGAACAAAGCAAGUGUUGUCUUUGUCCAGACCGAUAAGCCCGUGUACAAGCCAGGACAGUCAGUUAAAUUUCGGGUUGUCUCUAUGGAUAAAAGUCUACACCCCCUGAAUGAGUUGUUUCCUCUGGCUUACAUUGAGGACCCGAAAAUGAACCGAAUUAUGCAGUGGCAGGACAUUAAGACGGAGAAUGGGCUUAAGCAACUGUCCUUCAGCCUGUCAGCAGAGCCCAUUCAGGGCCCCUACAAGAUAGUGAUUCUCAAACAGUCAGGAGUGAAGGAAGAGCAUUCCUUCACUGUCAUGGAAUUCGUGCUUCCCAGAUUUGGUGUCGACGUGAAGGUCCCAAACGCCAUCUCUGUGUACGAUGAAAUAAUCAAUGUGACUGCCUGUGCGACAUAUACCUAUGGGAAGCCUGUCCCGGGACGUGUAAAGAUAAGUCUUUGCCAUGGAAAUCCAUCCUUUAGCUCUGAGACAAAGUCUGCAUGCAAAGAAGAGAACUCUGAGCUAGACAACAACGGCUGCAGCACACAAGAAGUGAACAUCACUGAGUUCCAAUUAAAGGAAAAUUACCUCAAAGUGCGCCAGGAUUUCCAUGUGAAUGCAACUGUUACAGAAGAAGGGACAGGGUCAGAGUUCAGUGGAUCUGGAAGAAUUGAAGUCGAAAGAACCAGAAAAAAAUUCCUAUUUCUGAAAGCAGAUUCAUACUUCAGACCUGGGAUCCCAUUCUUUGUGAAAGUCCGCCUAGUGGAUAUCAAGGGAGAUCCUAUCCCAAAUGAGCAGGUCCUCAUCAAAGCACGAGAAGCUGGCUACACCAAUGCUACUACCACUGAUCAGCAUGGCUUGGCAAAGUUCUCCAUAGAUACCAGCGGCAUCUCAGACUAUUCCCUCAGUAUCAAAAUCUACCACAAGGAGGAAAAUUCAUGUAGUGAUUCCUCUUGCACAGCAGAAAGACAUGCAGAGGAACAUCAUGAGGCUUAUGCUGUUUACUCCCUCAGCAAGAGCUACAUCUACCUUGACUCAGAAGCUGGCGUCUUGCCCUGCAACCAGAUCCACACAGUUCAGGCGCAUUUUAUUCUGAAGGGGCAGGUCUUGGGAGUGCUGCCACAGAUUGUUUUCCACUACCUGGUCAUGGCCCAGGGCAGCAUCCUCCAGACUGGAAACCACACUCAUCAAGUGGAGUCAGGAGUAUCUCAAGUACAAGGCAACUUCGCCUUGGAGAUCCCUGUGGAGUUCAGCAUGGUUCCCGUGGCUAAAAUGCUCAUCUACACCAUCUUGCCUGAUGGAGAAGUGAUUGCAGAUUCUGUAACGUUUCAAGUUGAAAAAUGUCUUCGCAACAAAGUGCGCCUGAGCUUCAGCCCAUCCCAAAGUCUUCCAGCCUCACAAACCCAUAUGCGGGUUACAGCUUCUCCUCAGUCCCUCUGUGGCCUGAGAGCUGUGGACCAAAGCGUGCUGCUCCAGAAGCCUGAGGCUGAGCUCUCCCCUUCCUUGAUAUAUGAUCUACCAGGUAUGCAAGACAGCAACUUCAUUCCACGUCCCCACUAUCCAUUUGAAGACAGAGGCGGUUGUUUGAUGUACGGACAAAGAGACACGGAAGAGCUCACAUACUUAGUACCAUAUGGACGAGAGAAGGAUGCCUACAGAUACGUGAGGGACAUGGGUUUAACAGCAUUCACCAACUUGGAUAUCAAAGCUCCUACAUACUGUUAUCAUUAUUACACGGUUAAACUAUCAGCACCUGCUGUGGAUUCGGAAGUUUCACCAAGAGGGGGAGAGUUUGAAAUGAUGCCCUUGGUAGCAAAUAAAAGUCCACUACCUAAAGAGACACCACGUAAAGAUCCAGUUAUUGAGACCAUUAGGAAUUAUUUUCCUGAAACCUGGAUCUGGGAUUUAGUCACAGUAAACUCCUCAGGAGUGACUGAAGUGGAAAUGACAGUCCCUGACACCAUCACUGAAUGGAAGGCUGGAGCUCUCUGCCUGUCCAAUGACACUGGUCUUGGCCUCUCUUCUGUGGCAACUCUCCAAGCCUUCCAGCCCUUCUUUGUGGAGCUCACAAUGCCCUACUCUGUGAUCCGUGGAGAAGCCUUCAUGCUCAAGGCCACAGUGAUGAACUACCUCCCUACAAGCUUGCCGAUGGCUGUGCAGCUGGAAGCUUCUCCUGAUUUCACAGCUGUCCCAGUGGGAAAUGACCAAGAUUCUUACUGCCUUGGUGCCAAUGGGAGGCACACCUCAUCCUGGUUGGUAACUCCCAAAUCUUUAGGGAAUGUGAAUUUCUCUGUGUCUGCGGAAGCACGACAGUCACCAGAGCCCUGUGGUUCUGAGGUGGCCACCGUUCCUGAAACUGGGAGAAAGGACACAGUAGUCAAGGUCUUGAUAGUUGAGCCUGAAGGAAUCAAGAAAGAGCAUACCCUCAGCUCACUUCUCUGCGCAUCAGAUGCUGAGCUGUCAGAAACAUUGUCUCUGCUGCUUCCACCAACAGUAGUGAAAGAUUCAGCCAGAGCAUAUUUCUCUGUGAUGGGUGAUAUCUUGAGUUCAGCCAUAAAAAACACACAAAAUCUUAUCCAAAUGCCCUAUGGCUGUGGAGAGCAGAACAUGGUCCUUUUUGCUCCGAACAUCUAUGUUCUGAAAUAUCUGAAUGAAACUCAACAGCUGACAGAGAAGAUCAAGUCCAAGGCCCUUGGUUACCUCAGAGCUGGUUAUCAGAGAGAACUGAACUACAAACACAAAGAUGGCUCCUACAGUGCCUUUGGGGAUCACUAUGGCCAGGAUCAAGGAAACACUUGGCUCACAGCCUUUGUGCUCAAGUCUUUUGCCCAAGCUCGAGCCUUCAUCUUCAUCGACGAAUCACACAUCACCGACACCUUCACCUGGCUCUCCAAGCAGCAGAAGGACAGUGGCUGCUUCAGGAGCUCCGGAUCACUGCUCAACAAUGCCAUGAAGGGGGGAGUCGAUGAUGAAAUCACCCUCUCUGCCUAUAUAACCAUGGCCCUUCUGGAAAGUUCACUCCCAGACACAGAUCCUGUUGUCUCCAAAGCCCUGAGCUGCCUAGAGUCAUCUUGGGAGAACAUAGAGCAAGGAGGAAAUGGCAGCUUUGUGUACACCAAGGCACUGAUGGCCUACACUUUCGCUCUGGCAGGGAACCAGGAGAAGAGAAACGAAAUCCUGAAAUCCCUUGAUAAGGAAGCUAUAAGGGAAGACAACUCCAUCCACUGGGAAAGACCUCAGAACCCGAUGAAACCAGAGCAAUAUCUAUACACACCCCAGGCUUCCUCUGCUGAAGUAGAGAUGAGUGCCUAUGUCGUCUUAGCUCGCCUCACUGCCCAGCCAGCCCCGUCCCCUGAGGACCUGGCUUUGUCAUUGGGCACCAUCAAGUGGCUCACAAAGCAGCAGAAUUCCCAUGGCGGCUUCUCCUCCACACAGGACACUGUGGUGGCCCUUGAUGCUCUGUCCAAAUAUGGAGCAGCUACUUUUUCCAAAAGCCAGAAAACUCCUUCGGUGACCGUCCAAUCUUCAGGGUCAUUUUCCCAAAAGUUCCAAGUGGACAAGAGUAAUCGCCUGUUACUGCAGCAGGUCUCAUUACCAGACAUUCCUGGGAACUAUACCAUCAGUGUGUCAGGGGAAGGAUGUGUGUAUGCUCAGACCACGCUGAGAUACAAUGUGCCCUUGGAGAAGCAGCAGCCUGCAUUUGCUGUAACGGUGCAGACAGUACCCCUGACUUGUAACAACCCCAAAGGCCAGAACAGCUUCCAGAUCUCACUAGAAAUCAGUUACACGGGGAGCCGUCCAGCCUCCAACAUGGUGAUUGCUGAUGUGAAGAUGCUCUCUGGUUUCAUCCCAUUGAAACCAACAGUGAAGAAGCUUGAAAGAUUAGAGCACAUAAGCAGAACAGAAGUGACCACCACCAACGUCCUGUUAUAUUUGGACCAGGUAACCAAUCAGACACUGUCCUUCUCCUUCAUCAUUCAACAAGACAUCCCGGUAAAGAACCUGCAGCCUGCCAUUGUGAAAGUGUAUGACUACUAUGAGACCGAUGAAGUGACUUUUGCUGAAUACAGCAGCCCCUGCAGCUCAGACGACCAAAAUGUUUGAAACUCAAAUCUGUGGACAAGGCAUUGCUGGAAUCCCCAGACCAGGGAACCUUUAAGAAGGUGAUUUGUGUUUGUCUCUGAAAUACAAAUACUGAACAAGCUUGAUAAAUAAAUACAUAAUUCUAGC